AAUGCUGGUAUUAAUAAUCCAGCCGAAACUUGACCCGCGGUCUAUGAGGACUCCGACCACUCAGCAACGUCCAGAUCGGCCGGUCGACCUUUCGGUCGAAGCGGGAACAAAGUAUAUCCACUUUCGCUGUCUACAGGUGGUUGCAUAUGCAGCGACGUUUUACUCAGCUCACCUCAUCUUACUCUUUGUGGACGUGAUCUACACAUCCCUCGUUCUGUCAGGCCCACGGAGAGGCAUGCAUGUAGUUGCGGAGUUUUAGGUUUGGUCACACUCUAGCCUUUGUGAUGACUACCUUACAUAUGAGAUGAAGUAUAAGAACCAGGCUCCCGAAGCCGUCUGCUGAAACACGUUCCAAUACAGUUCAUCUCAAACUUCACAAUGUCUACCUUCGAGGAAUACGACGUUGGCUACGCUGACAACAAGACUAUUCACUACCUCGCUGCUGGUCCAGUUAAUGGACCACUCCUUAUAUUCGUCCAUGGCUGGCCGGCAAUUGCACUUGCAUGGAAACCCCAGCUUGAGGCGUUCAGCGCUCUAGGUUUCCGGGCCAUCGCGCCGGACAUGCCCGGAUACGGCAAAUCGACAGCUCGCAAAGUCAUCGAGGAUUACUCCCAGCAGAGUAUUCUCGAAGGACUGCUAGCACUCCUUGCACACACUGGCCGGAAGGAGGCCGUCUGGAUCGGCCAUGACUGGGGUUCUCCGUGCGUCUCGACUGUUGCAGCACAGCAUCCCGAAGUUGUUAAGGCCCUGGUGAACGUCUGUGUUCCGUAUCGCACACUCGACUUGGGACUCAACAAGAUCCUGGCCCUCGUCGACCGCCAAAUCUAUCCCGAAGACCAAUAUCCCUACGGGCAGUGGGAUUACAUGCGCCAUUACGAGGAAGAUUUUGAGAAGGCUAUCGCCUGGUACGAGAAGGAUAUUGAGGGAAUUAACAAGGCUUUAUGGCAACCGGGCAAGCCAAUUUAUCCCCCUAAGCCCACAUUUACUUCCACUGUCAGAAAGGACGGAGGAUGGUUCGGCGGAAUCCCACAACCUCCAACCGCAGAUCAGAUCCCAGCCCCCCUCCUCGAAGGUGAGGUCUUUGAUGAGUUCACCAAGGCGAUGAAGAAGACAGGAUACUGGCCGGGAUCAGCUUACUACAUGAACCAUGGGCGCAACCACCAGUUCAACUCAAAGGCACCAAAUGAUGGCAAGUUCGAGAAGCCUGCCUUGCUUAUCCAUGCAGCAUUCGACUACGUGUGCGAGACCAAGACCACUCGGCUGGCCGAGCCAAUGCGCCAGGCUUGUAGCAACCUCACUGAAGUUACAAUUCAAGCUGGACAUUGGGCAAACAUGGAGAAGCCGGCUGAGACCAGCGCAGCUCUUUCGAGGUUCAUCAUUGAGGAAGUUCCGGAUUACUGGCCUGGGUUCUGGGAAAGCGGGUACGCGAGGCGCCAAAAGUCAGUACUUUGAGUGCGUUGCAACCCAGCUACUUUGAGGCCAUGAAUUCCUAUCAUUAAGUUACGUGUAUUCGAUCAAGUUUGAAAAUAGCAAGUACACUCAAAUCGCUACAACAUGACACUAUGUCGAUUUCUCAUUCGGCUAAAGCGAUCGUGGCAAUUGUUGAAAUAAGAGUGCCGAGCUGUAAAAAUAUAUCGUCAGUAAUCAGAAUAAGUCAUAAAAAAGAGAAUAGCAAGAAUCUGAGGUUGCAAACUGCGGCCAAGUCUUAUG